AUGCUUUGGCUACGCAUCCUUUCCCUCGUCGCGACCGCCUCAGCAUUGAAUAUCUUGUUGAGCAACGAUGAUAGCUGGGUAUCAGCUAAUAUUAGGGAAACCUACAAGGCCCUGCGAGCAGACGGUCACGAUGUUCUACUAGUCGGAUCAGCCGUCCAACAAUCUGGUAAAGGUGGAUCGUUCGUUCUGCCCACCGUGAACAUCACUGCACCUGGAGGGGAGUUCGGAUCGGUCCCGAUUGGUGCCCCACCCUUUGGAAGCGAUCCCAUGGAUCAAAACCUCUGGUACUUCAACGGAACGCCGGCUGCAACUGUGGCCUUCGGACUCGACAUUGUCGCGCCCAUGCAUUUCGGAAAUAAAACUCUCGAUCUGGUCGUGACAGGUCCGAACGAAGGCAGCAACUUGGGCCCAUUUUUGUACACGCUCAGUGGGACUCUUGGGGCUGCGUACGCGGCCGUAUAUAGAGGGUUUCCCGCAGUGGCGUUCUCUGGAUCAAAUGGCACUCACCGUUCAUUUACGGAGGUCACUGAGCACAACGAUGCUGCGACUAUCCAGGGCAAGUUGGUAGCUAAUUUCGUCGCUGCGUUGUCAGCAGGAAUCAACACUACGACGACUAGGUUAUUAGAUCUUGGUGUCGGCGUAAGCGUUGGAUUCCCCGUCGUGGGUGGAGAUAAUCCAUGCGUGGACCCACCGUUCACCGCCACCCGUAUAACUGGAGGUGCUCUUAUGGAUAAGAUUCGCAUAAACGCAACUACGGGAAUGCCCCAGUUCGACGAUGUUGCUUUCGAUGGCCUCAACGUUAAUUUCACCGGUGACCCGAGACUACCAGGUGAAACCAAUGUGACAGAAAACUGCCAGACCUCCGUCUCGGUCUUUGCUGUCGACUAUGAUGCACCCCUUAACCUCGCAGCACCGAUUCAAAACAGACUAAUCCCGAUUUUCGGAAGGACGUCCCUCCCCGAGGCUGCCUGA